AUGGGUGUUAUAAGUGGCUCCACCACCCCUAGUACACUUGAUACUACCGGUGCUACCGCUGAUAUCACAGGCGCUAGCACCGGAUCCGCAGCUCCUAGAACCUCUGACACGACCGGUGCUACCGCAGACACGACCGGUGCUACCAGUGAUAAAACGGGCGUCAACACCGGGUCUACAGCUCCCAGGACUUCAGACACCAAUGGUCCCACUGCGGACACUGCUGGUGCUAUCGCUGAUACCACUGGUGUUAGCAAUGGGUCCGCAGCUCCCAAUAGUUCCGACACCACAGGUGCCACAGCGGACAAAACAGGCGUCAGCACUGGAUCCACGACCGAAAUUACCGGCGCAAUUGCUGAUGCCAAAGGGGUAAUCAAUGGGGCCAGGACAGACUCCACGGGUGCUACCGCUGACACCACCGGUGCUAUAGGCCUGGCGCUGGUGAUGGUGCUGGUGUUUCUGGCGCUGGAUCGCCGAUAG